AUGAAUUUGCUUCAGAACGGUCGUAGGAGAUCCAAGCAGGAUGGCACCUACAAUGGUCCCGCGCGUCAAGGUCCUGUUCGUCAUAUUAGUACAGCAUCGCUAAGUCUUGAACGUGUUUACGAACAGAACAGAGCUAUUGCUCAGAAGAAAGAUGCUGCUACCGCGCCGGCUCCUGCUCCCGGUCCCGCUGCGAAGGGAAAGCCGAGAUUGCUAUUGAUGGGUCAACGACGAAGCGGAAAGUCCUCGAUCUCCAGCGUCGUCUUUCAUAAGAUGCCUCCCAAUGAAACUCUCUUCCUCGAGUCAACCGCAAGAGUCCAGAAGGAUUCUAUGCAGUGGGUACCCAAGAAUGAAAAUAUAUAUAACAUGCUUAUGGGUGGUUACAGCUCCUUUAUGGAUUUCCAAGUCUGGGACUUCCCCGGCCAAAUUGACUUCAUGGACCCCACCUUCAACCUCGAUGCCAUAUUCGGAGAGAUUGGUGCCUUGAUCUGGGUCAUCGACGCCCAAGACGAUUACCUCGAAGCCGUUAACCGUCUCAACUUCACCGUCCUGAACCUUCAGCCCAACUACCCCAACGUCAACGUCGAAGUUUUCAUCCACAAAGUCGACGGCCUCUCCGAUGAUUUCAGACUCGACAUCCAACGAGACAUCAUGCAACGAAUCCAGGACGAGCUCUCCGACAACGGCGUAGAGAAUGCACCCAUCAAUUUCCAUCUAACAUCCAUCUACGACCACUCCAUCUUCGAAGCCUUCUCCAAAGUCAUCCAAAAGCUCAUCCCUCACCUACCCACCCUCGAAGCCCUACUCAACAACCUAUGCCGUGCCUCCGGUUUCGAAAAAGCUUACCUCUUCGACGUCCUCUCCAAGAUCUACAUCGCCACCGAUUCCUCCCCUGUCGAUAUGCCGUCCUACGAGAUCUGCUCCGAUUACAUCGACGUCAUCGUCGACAUCUCCGAGAUCUACGGCUGGGCUCGUCCAAAGGAGUAUAUCGAGUCUCUGGAGGGACCACCCUGGAACCAUAAAUUGGAGGAUCAGGUUGCGUGCAAGGAUGCCGAGAGCUGUAUCGUGUUGAGCGAUGGUAGGAGACCCAUUAUGCUGCGGGAGGUUAAUAAGUACUUGGCGCUGGUGAUGGUGGGCAAGGAGGGCAGCUACAGCAAGAUGUGCGUUAUUACGGAGAAUGUGAAUGCGACGGUGGGAGGCUUGUUGAAGGCUUUUGAGAUUACGAAGGCGAGGAAGUGA